AUGAGGCUCGCUCCGACUGUGGCUGCUGCCCUGCUCGGCCUUGUGCCCGAGCUCACCCUGGCCACCUCCCCUGAGGCGUCCGCCGAUCAAUGCUGUGCCGCUCUCCUCAAGAGUAAGGUCGGCGACAAGGUCGUCCGUCCCAGCAGCGCCGCCUACAAGAAGUCUGUACAGUCGUACUGGUCUGUCAAUGUCCAGCUCGAGCCGACUUGUAUUGUGCAGCCCCAGUCCGCAGAUGAUGUCUCGGCCGCCGUGAAGACACUGACCACCGCUGGUGGUGACGAGCCCUGCAAGUUCGCUAUACGCAGUGGUGGCCAUAUGACCUGGGCGGGCGCGAACAACAUCGAGACCGGUGUGACCGUUGACCUUUCGAACAUGAACAGCACUGUUUAUGACAAGGAGGCUGGUAUUGCGUCCAUUCUUCCUGGAGCGCGCUGGCAGGCUGUGUAUAAGACGCUGGAGGAGUACAAUGUUGUCGUCCCAGGAGGCCGUACCGGUCCUGUCGGUGUCGGCGGAUUCUUACUCGGAGGAGGAAACUCCUUCCACGCCGCCCGCGUCGGACUCGCCUGCGACAGCGUCGAGAACUACGAGGUCGUCCUCGCCAGCGGCCGCAUCGUCAACGCCAACAACUCCACCAACAGAGACCUCUUCAAGGCCCUAAAGGGCGGCGCCAACAACUUCGGCAUCGUCACCAAGUACGACCUGAAGACUAUCGACAACGCGCACAUGUGGGGUGGACUGACGGUGUUUACGCCCAACUCGACGGAGCAGGUCAUCUCGUCGGCUGUCAAAUUCGUCGACAACAUCGAGAAAGACCCUUAUGCUUCGUGGAUUGGUCUGUGGACGUACAAUGCGACUGUUGACGAGCUUACUGUGGGCAGCCUCCUGCAGUACACCAAGCCUGUUCCUCGCCCUGCUGCCUACAACGACUUCUACAAGAUUUCUAACGUCUCUUCCACGAACGGCCCCCAGACUUUGCUCCAAGCGACUACUGAGAUCCAGCAAGCUGGAGGCAAGCGAAAUGCCUUCCUGACGGGAACCUACCUCAACAGCGCCGAUAUCCUCCGCAAAGCCCUCGAGAUCCAGAAGAGGAAGAUCGAAGACGCAAAGACCGUCGCCAAGGGCAAGGACUACACCCUGCUCGUCAUCAUCCAGCCCUGGCCCAAGCUCUUCUGGCAGCGCAAUGAGGGCAAUGGCAUUGGCAACGUGCUUGGCCUUGAGCGCUUCGACGAGAACAUGAUCCAGGUCCUGUAUGAUUACACGUGGGAGGAGGAGGCUGACGACGAUGUCUUCCAGCGUCUGACGGAGGAGUCGCUGAACGAGCUGGACGACUACGCCAGGGACGCCGGUAAGUACAACGAGUACGUCUACCUCAACUACGCGGAUGGCUCGCAGAACCCGCUCGGUGGAUAUGGCGACGAGAGUGUCGAGUAUAUCCGCGAAGUGGCGCAACGAUAUGACCCUGAUGGCGUCUUCCAGACCCAGGUGCCUGGAGGCUUCAAGGUCAGCGAGGCGUAG